AUGAUUACCGUUGCUUCUGCUCUCUGCACAUCAGUUAUCUCCACCGCGGUACUGCUGGUUGUGGCCAGCACUGGCUGGCAAUCCUUCAAACCCAUUAGCGAAGAUUGCCACGAAAACUACCUGACGGAACCCAACUGUUUCUGCGAGAGACCCAGAGGGGAGGAGCCUGGAGAUGUUUGGUUUGCUCAGCCAGCAAACACUGCGUCCAACAGUGCUUUUGUGGUGAUUGGAUUAUUGAUUGCGCUGUCUUGUGAUUUGAAACUGCCAGGCCAAUGCUGGGAAAAGGAGAACGGGUUUACAUCUUCCCGAGGAUACGGAAUCUUGCUAUCCUGUGUGGUGUGCCUCAUGGGUCCUGGAAGUGCGGCACUGCAUGCCUCUUUGACAGUGAUGGGGCGCCGCGUGGAUCAAUUCUGUAUGUAUCUCAUUGGAGCCUUCCUGAUGCCAUACAGUGCUACAAGGAAGCGAAGAAACUUUUCCUUCAAGACCUUCGUCGCUUUGUAUGCUGCCAUCAAUCUUCCACUGCUCAUUCUGACAAUCCUCUCUCCAAACACGGGUGUCAAGCGGCUCAUGUUUACUCUUCUACUAGUGAUGACCAUUGUCAUUGAAGCUUGGCAUAAGAUAUUGGGGCCACUCUACCAAAAACGCAUUCUUUGUGAGAGUGGAUGUGCUGUCAAGGAUACCGCCAAUGGUUGGUACAUGGUGGCUGCUCUUGGCUGCGUCCUCUUGGCGGUUGCCAUUUGGAUCCCUUCCAAAUCUGGAGGCCCUCUCUGCUUCCCAGAUAGUUGGUUCCAGGGGCAUGCCGUAUGGCACGUCUUGACAGCAUGCUCCAUUGGAUUCAUCUUUCUCUAUGGCAUUUCUGCCGAUGAAACUCCGGAUCUCCCGUUAUUGGGAGAGGUCCCACAAGCGGAGCCGCCAUCUGACUUCAAAGAGUGCGAUCUUAGCGUCACAGGAAGUACUAGCAUUGUGGUGGAAGCAUAA